CCCCCAUGAUCGACGCCUCUGCUUUACAAAUAAUCACAGUAUUCCCCCAAUGAAUAAGAAUUUACUGGACAGUUGACGAUAAGAGCCCAGAGAUCAAAGUCCAUUUUGAUUUCGGUAGUUUUUAUUUGUUCGCAUAUAUUGUCCGUGACUUCUGAGUGCCCCUGUACUAUGACAGAAAAACUCGUUUUUCAUCCCUUACACUAUUAUUUUUCACUGUUCAACGUUUCCUGUCUACAAGCUUUACCUUACUUAUUACACAGUAAAAUGAGUAAUACAGUUCGUGUUGCCCUAUGGUGUUGCCAACGAUCAAUGUCAACACUCUUUGAAAGAUGUAUUGCUGCUGCGGGUCACAUUGAGAUCUUUCAUGAAGUCUAUCUAACUGCAUACCGUUUUGGACCUCAACACAGACAAGAAAAUGCCACGUUUGAAACAGACAAUGAUUACACAUAUGACAAUGUUCACAGAAUGAUUAGUCAGAAGUUCCCUUCUGGACAUUCUGUUUUCGUCAAAGACAUGGCAUAUUCCAUUGAAGGACGAUUCCCUGAGCUUUCUUUUGAGUUUUGCCACACUUUUCUGAUUCGUUCGCCGCAAAAAGUUGUAAAGUCCUACAUAAAACUCUUAGAGAGCUGUCACUUCGAUGAGGAUUAUGUGUCCGAGUUGAGAGAGAAAUUACCCAAUAGUUUCAAACAACAGUGUUUGCUCUAUGACUACAUCAGAGAAUACGGAUCUCAGUCAAGGAUACUAGUGAUAGAUGCUGAUGACUUUGUAACCAUGCCUGAAACAGUGCUCCGUAGAUAUUGUCAAGAAACAGGGUUGAUAUUCAAUGAAUGUAUGCUGAGUUAUGAAAGUUUAGAUUCAAUACCCGAUGAAUGGCAUUGCUCCAAGGUUCUAAAGAAUGCAACAAAGGAAAGAGGGAGUCAUGAGAGAGCUCUUCAUAGUACAGGAGUUGAGCUAACUAAACCAGAUGACAUAGGACUAGAAUUGUCAUCAGACUGGAAGAAUUGUGUUGGAAAAUGCGAAAAGUUCUAUAAUAUUAUGUUCGACAGAAGAACAAGAUUUGAGGAUCAUUGGUGAUCAAGCCAUUCUCGUAUUGGGUGAAUGAUAUUUGAUUUGAAAAACACUCUUAGUGGACUGUUCGAAUCAGGAGACGAUUUACUUUGCCAAAAUGAUUUGUUCCUAAACCAGGGACAGAGGGCCUAUACAUAUAUACAUACAUACAUACAUACAUACAUACAUACAUACGUACGUACAUACAUACAUACAUACAUACAUACAUACAUACAUACAUACAUACAUACAUACAUACAUACAUACAUACAUACAUACAUACAUACAUACAUACAUACAUAUAUAUAUAUACAUAUAUAUAUAUAUAUAUAUAUAUAUAUAUAGUAACGAACUAUGUUUCUGUUUUAAUGUCAUAGAGAGCUUAUUGGGUCUGUAAACGUAGACUAUACGGAAAUCGUAAGUGCAUAUGCACGUUCUGUGAAUUAACAAAAAUUUGCCCAAAUCGCACAUUUUAUGAACAUGGAGUCGUGAAACAUUUUGAUUAACUGUCAGUAAAGUUGCCUAAGCAUUAUCCAGUUGUUUAAUUUGAGAAAGCAUGUUGCAUUAGCAAAGUUAAUUAUGUUAUUGUAGCUAUUGUUGUCAUUUUUAGUAACUGUUUCAUCGAAGAGUUGAAAAAUGCAUUAAUACUAGGAGUCAAUAGCUAGUGUAAGAUUCUGGGUUUACCGCCCUUUACCGUAGUAUUAAUGCUGCCCUUCAUCUCUUGUAUCUCGUUCUGCUCUGUACACUAAUUUAUCUUUGUCGUAAUUAAAGGUAAAGGUCAGAAUUUUAA